ACUGGGCUUCCACACCAUUUCAUGGAGUAUGUUAUUUCAACGGGAAAACCAUCUACUACUCCCUAUGCUUUACUAAUUCAACAUCCCGUUUUCACACGCUAUCAAAUUCAAUAAAUAUGAGUUCUCAACGACCCCACCCCACCCCACCCUCCUUUUAAGUUCGGCCGAUCUAUCAAUUUCAAUGGCGAUUAGGUCCUCUACGAUCGCGGCGGUGAUGACGGUGGCGGUGCUGUUGGCCGCUGGAAGAGUGGCGGAGGGGCAGUCGUCGGAUUGCGCCUCUAAGCUGGAGCCCUGCGUGGACUACUUGAACUCGAGGAAACCCUCAGCGGAGUGCUGCGACGCCAUGAGAACUGUGAUAACUACUCAGCUCCCUUGUCUGUGCGGAUUGAUUAGAAACCCAGCCGCUCUCCCCGUCAAUAUCACUCAAGCUCUUGAGCUCCCUAAGCAUUGCAACCUCCCUGGUGAUACCAGUGCUUGCAACGCAAUUGCUGACGCUCCAGGCUCCUCAUCUCUCCCACCUCCAGGUAACUUAAUUAUGCCUCUUCUUUUACUAAUACUAAUCAAUCUACUAAUUUUAAUUUAGCAUUCCCCUACCCAAAGUUGAAAAAUAAAUAAAGUAUUAAUUGUCAAAUUAAAUUCAUAAAACUCAUUACAUCCCGAGACUCAAUCCUCAUUCGUUAGAUUAAUAUACUAUGUAAAAGUCCCCUCACCCAUGUUACAUUUUUGUUUAGUAAUAUUACACAUAAUUGAUAGCAAAGAUUAAUAGACACAUGAAUAUUACAAAUUAA